AGCGUUGCUUGAGGAGGUGCGUAUCAGUUAGCGAGACGGAUACUGGCAAAACGGUCUCUGAGCAGUAGUGACAGCAGGGGAUGGUGAAUAAAGGAGGUUGCACUUGCCGGCAUCCAGAAAACAGGUGCGACUGGGAUUAUGGCUACUGUAACUGGUACUAGCAACGCUGAGCGCAGGGCAUUCGCGCUGAAAAUCAACAGGACAGUGGCAGCUGAAGUAAGAAAACAAGUAUCUCGAGAAUAUGGAGGAUCUCCACAGCUGUCCAAGAAACGUGGUGGUUUGCAACAGUCGGUGCCUCUUACAGAUGUAGUAGACCCUGUGGAAUUUGAAGAAUACCUUAUGAAUCACCCACCGAUCACAGAGUCUGGUCCCCUUAGGGACAUUCUUGAAUUUCCUGCAGAUGACAUUGAGGUCAUCCAUGAACCUAGAGAAUGUCGAACCCUGGAGCAGGGCACACCUGAUGAAGGGAAAUGGGAUCUUCAUGUUCGAGAUUCCCUUCAAGUUUAUGAAGAAAACUGGGUAAUUGUUCGGAGAAAGUAUCACCAGUACAGUACAAUGUUCAGCUCAAACAUGGCAGAGAAGCAGAGGGAACGUCAGAAAGGUUUAAACAAACAGGUUUUUGAGAUGGAUGAAGUUGUGCAUGACAGGAAUAGCCAGGAUGAACAGGAUGAGAUGAAAAGGCGUUCCUUGUCCCUUGACGACACACCCAGAGGAAGCUGGGCUUCCAGUAUUAUUGACUUGAAGAACUCUGUGGCUGAUUCCCUGCUGCCUAGCUUGUUGGAUCGCACAGUUGUAGAUGAAAUGGACAGGAAGAACAAGGAACAAAGGAAGGAAAACAGGCACAAGGACAUUAUGGCACUUUUUCCAGCACCUGAUGAGGAUGAAGCUAAUGAACGUUGCACUAUUCCAGAAGUUCCCAAAGAACACUUUGGACAAAGAAUAUUAGUUAAGUGCUUGUCUCUAAAGUUUGAAGUAGAGAUUGAGCCAAUCUUUGGAAUCCUAGCACUUUAUGACUUGAAGGAAAAGAAAAAGAUUUCAGAAAAUUUUUACUUUGACUUGAACUCGGACCAAAUGAAAGGAAUGCUUCGUGCACAUGUCCCACAGAUUGCAAUCUCCACAAUGGCAAGGUCUGCCAUUUUUUCCAUUACCUACCCCUCUCCAGAUAUCUUCCUUGUUAUAAAGCUGGAGAAGGUACUACAACAAGGUGACAUCGGGGAAUGCUGUGAGCCGUAUAUGAUUUUGAAGGAGUCUGAUGCUGCUAAGAAUAAAGAGAAACUGGAGAAACUGAAGAACCAAGCAGAACAAUUCUGUACCCGUCUGGGGCGGUAUCGUAUGCCCUUUGCCUGGACUGCAAUUCACCUUGUAAAUAUUGUAAAUUGUGCUGGAAGCCUAGAGAAGGACUCUUUUGAUGCAGAUUCAGAUCGAAAGGGAACUUGGAAUGAGAAGAAGAGGAAGCAGUAUGAACGCAUGAGUGUGGGAGACGAGAUGUGCAACUUCACUAGCUUCAGGCCUGCAACGUUGACAGUACCCAACUUCUUCAAACAGGAAGGAGAUCGUCUGAGUGAUGAAGACUUGUAUAAGUUCCUGGCAGAUAUGAGAAGACCUUCUUCUGCACUAAGGAGACUUAGACAAGUUACAGCACAGUUGAAGAUAGACAUCUCUCCAGCUCCUGAAAGUCCGCACUACUGUUUGUCUCCUGAGCUUCUUCAUGUUAAACCAUAUCCUGAUCCACGAGUGAGACCCACAAAAGAAGUUUUGGAGUUCCCUUCAAGAGAGGUUUAUGUUCCAUAUACAACAUAUAGGAACCUGCUGUAUGUUUAUCCCCAUAAUCUUAACUUCAACAGCCGACAAGGAUCUGUGAGAAAUAUCACUGUAAAAGUACAGUUCAUGGCCGGAGAAGAUCCCAGUCAAGCUAUGCCUGUUAUCUUUGGAAAGUCCAGCUGCGGAGAAUUUUUGAAAGAAACGUACAGUGCAGUGGUUUAUCAUAACCGAUCGCCCGAGUUUUAUGAGGAGAUAAAAAUGAAGAUUCCUCCUAACCUAACUGACAACCAUCACCUUCUCUUCACUUUUUACCAUGUCAGUUGUCAACAGAAACAGAACACCUUACUUGAGACCCCUGUUGGUUACACAUGGAUCCCUCUUAUGCAACAUGGGCGUAUCCGCACAGGACCUUUCAGCUUGCCUGUUUCUGUUGAAAAGCCUCCGCCUAGUUACUCUGUGCUCACUCCUGAUGUGCAACUACCUGGUAUGAAGUGGGUAGACAAUCACAAAAGUGUAUUCAGUGUACAAGUAGUGGCUGUUUCUUCUGUUCACACUCAGGACCCAUACUUGGACAAGUUUUUCAUCCUUGUCAAUGUGUUAGAAGAGUACUCCUUCCCAUUUAGGAUGAAAGAUGUGAUAAUCACAGAAAACAAUGUGGAGACAGAGCUGAAGACUAGUAUAGCAAACCUGAAGUAUGCCAGUAUGGAGCCCUUGGUGAAAUUUUGCCACCGCUUACUUAGCAAGCUCAUCCUUCUGAUCAUACAUCCACCAAUCAUCAAUGGACAAAUAGUUAAUCUAGGCCGGGCAGUAUUUGAAGCUAUGGCACUGAUGGUGAACCAGAUCCACAAAAGCCUGGAAGGAAACCAGGAUCAGCAUGGCCACAAUAAUCUUCUAGCUUCAUACAUCCACUAUGUCUUCCAUCUACCAGAUAUGGACCAAGGAAUGCUGAACAUGAUGGGAAGCCAACACCACGGAGGCCCGAUUCAGUAUGCUACACUAUCUCGCGCCACUGGAAGACCCAGUAGUCUUAACCUGUCACGUUCCAAGAGCAUCAGCAACAGCAAUCCAGACCUGGCCACCACACCUGUCUCACCAGAUGAGGAGGUACAGAAAAUUAUUGCUACUAAGGGAAUCGAUCGCUCUCACUCCUGGGUAAAUUCUGCUUAUGCUCCAGGGGGUCCUAAGGCUGUGCUGCGGAGGAAUCAUCCCAACUCCAGCUGCGAUCUAAAACAGGCCUGUGAAAGAAGUCCUAAUCGUGCAUCAUGCUAUAUAGAGGGUUCUGCUUUCACGUCAUCUGCUCAGACAAGACCAACAGCUAGAAAGUUACUUCAUGAAGACCUGGCUUUACAGUGGGUCGUCAGCUCAAGUAAUGUUCGUGAAGCAGCUCUACACCAGGCCUGGUUCUUCUUCCAGCUAAUGGUGAAAAGCAUGGCACACCACCUGUACCUGUCUGACAAAAUUAACACUCCCCGAAAGAUGCGGUUUCCUGACAGGUUUGUGGAUGACAUCAAUGCUCUGAUCUGCACUAUCAGCACAGAUAUAGCAGGCCAGUACCAGAAGGAUCUGGAAUUAAUUGAACGACUGAACACCAGUGUGGCAUUUUUUCUGAAUGAUCUGUUUUCACUCGUGGACAGGGGAUUUGUGUUUAAUCUCAUACGCUCAUACUAUAAGCAGAUCAACACUAAGUUACUGACAGCGCAAAACCCAAACACUCUUAUUGCACUUCGCAUGGAUUUCAUCCGUAUCAUCUGCAGCCAUGAACACUACGUGACCCUAAACCUACCAUGCAGUACCCUAUCACCUCCUGCAUCACCAUCACCCUCUGUGUCCUCUUCAACUUCACAGAGUUCAGCUUUUUCCAGCCAUGUGCAGGACCAGAAGAUUGCAAACAUGUUUGAGCUGUCCGUACCCUUUCGACAGCAGCAUUUCCCGUCAGGCCUGCUGCUUACAGAGCUUGCUCUCAUCCUUGAACCAGAUUCUGAAGGGGUUUUCUUUUUGCACAAGAAAAUGAUAAGUGCAGUCCACAACCUAUUGUGUAGCCAUGACUCCGAUCCAAGAUAUAUGGACCCAGAAGUGAAAGCACACGUUGCCCAGCUUUACCUACCUCUCAUUGGUAUAGUCAUGGAUGCCCUGCCACAGUUGUAUGACUUUACAGAGCAAUACAGUCAGAGAUCACGACACACCUGUGUGAUAGCAAGUGACUCUGAUAGUGAAAAUUCGAGCACUAUCAAUCAGUCUGUAGCCAUGGCGAUAGCUGGUUCGCCACUGCCUCAUGGUUAUAAACCUGCUGCCUUCCAACUUCCUGCUGCAGCUGCUCGUCAGUAUAGUACGCUAUCAGCAGAGACCAGCAGGACCCUUCUAAUCUGCUUGCUGUGGGUCUUGAAAAAUGCUGAUGAAGACAGCCUUCAGAGUUGGGCUGCAGACCUGUCUGUUAUGCAGAUCAACCGACUGCUGGAUUUGCUAUACCUCUGUGUUUCUUGCUUUGAAUACAAGGGUAAAAAGGCUUUUGAACGCAUUAAUAGUUUGACCUUUAAGAAGUCCUUAGACAUGAAGGCCCGGCUGGAAGAAGCUAUCUUAGGAACAAUUGGAGCUCGACAGGAAAUGGUGCGACGUUGUAGAGAGAGGAGUCCUUAUGGAAACCAGGAGAAUGUGCGUUGGAGGAAGAACAUUACCCAUUGGAAACAAACUACUGACAAAGUGGACAAGACCAAAGCUGAGGUGGAGCAUGAGGCAUUGGUGGAUGGUAACUUGGCAACAGAAACCAACCUGGUGGUUCUUGAUACCUUAGAAAUUAUUGUACAGACAGUCAUCCUUUCCGAGUCGAAGGACAGUGUCUUGGGAGGAGUGCUAAAGGUCUUAUUGCAUAGCAUGGGCUGUAACCAGAGUGCCGUUUUCUUGCAACACUGCUUUGCUACUCAGCGGGCCCUGGUACUCAAGUUCCCAGAGUUGCUGUUUGAAGAGGACACAGAGAUUUGUGCAGACCUGUGCCUCAGACUCUUGCGGCAUUGUAGUAGCAGUGUGGGUAGUAUCCGAGCCCAUGCCAGUGCAUCCCUUUUCCUCCUGAUGCGACAGAAUUUUGAAAUUGGAAAUAAUUUUGCAAGAGUGAAAAUGCAGGUGACGAUGUCACUCUCCUCUCUUGUUGGAACAUCACAGAACUUCAAUGAAGAAUAUCUUCGUCGUUCACUGAAGACUAUCCUUACUUAUGCAGAAGAGGGUCUGGAGCUCCGUGAUACUACCUUUCCAGAACAGGUUCAGGACAUGUUAUUUAAUCUGCACAUGAUUCUUACGGACACAGUGAAAAUGAAAGAGCACCAGGAGGACCCAGAAAUGUUGAUAGAUUUAAUGUACAGGAUAGCAAAAGGCUACCAGAACUCCCCAGAUCUGCGACUGACAUGGCUUCAGAAUAUGGCAGCGAAGCAUUCUGAACGUGGAAACCAUGCUGAGGCAGCGCAAUGUCUUGUGCAUUCAGCAGCAUUAGUUGCAGAGUACUUGAACAUGCUGGAGGAUUGCCGACAUCUCCCAGUGGGCUGUGUCAGCUUCCAGGGCAUUUCUUCGAAUGUGCUGGAAGAAUCAGCAGUUUCUGAUGACAUCCUUUCUCCUGAUGAAGAAGGCAUCUGCUCUGGGAAGUACUUCACUGAGGCUGGCCUCAUAGGACUGCUGGAGCAGGCAGCAGCUUCCUUUACCAUGGGGGGCUUGUAUGAAGCAGUUAAUGAGGUAUACAAGAUCCUCAUUCCAAUUCUUGAAGCCAACAGAGAUUUUAAGAAGCUGGCUUCCAUCCAUGGCAAACUGCAAGAUGCUUUCAGUAAGAUUACUAACCAGAAUUCCGGCUGGGAGAGGAUGUUUGGCACUUACUUCCGAGUUGGAUUUUAUGGCAGCAAAUUUGGAGACCUGGAUGAGCAGGAGUUUGUUUACAAGGAGCCAUCCAUCACCAAACUAGCAGAGAUCUCACAUCGACUGGAGGAGUUUUAUGCUGAACGAUUUGGAGAUGACACAGUUGAGAUCAUAAAAGAUUCCAAUCCUGUGGAUAAAGCCAAGCUUGACCCUAACAAGGCAUACAUCCAACUCACUUAUGUGGAACCAUACUUUGACACCUAUGAGAUGAAAGACCGAAUCACCUACUUUGAUAAAAACUACAACUUGCGUAAUUUCAUGUUCUGUACCCCUUUCACACUGGAUGGACGUGCCCAUGGAGAUCUGCAUGAGCAGUUUAAACGCAAGACUAUUCUGACCACGUCACAUGCAUUCCCAUAUAUCAAGACUAGGAUCAAUGUGAUUCAGAAAGAAGAGAUCAUUUUGAUUCCUAUAGAAGUGGCCAUUGAAGAUAUGCAGAAGAAGACCCAAGAAUUGGCAUUCGCCACCCACCAGGAUCCAGCUGAUGCCAAGAUGUUACAGAUGGUGCUGCAAGGAUGUGUUGGUACCACUGUGAACCAGGGUCCUUUGGAAGUCGCUCAGGUAUUUUUGGCAGAUAUUCCUGAUGAUCCUAAGCUAUUCCGACACCACAACAAGCUACGACUUUGUUUCAAGGAUUUCACUAAAAGGUGUGAGGAUGCAUUAAGGAAGAAUAAAACACUGAUUGGACCAGAUCAGAAAGAGUACCACCGUGAACUGGAAAAGAACUACCAUCGGUUGAAGGAGGCACUAAGUCCAUUAAUUAAUAGAAAAAUCCCCCAGCUUUACAAAGCAUUGAUUCCUCAUACUAGCCAGAGGAACUCCUUCAACAGAUCGAGCCUUCGUAAAGUUGAGAGUUAAACUAAGAAAAAAAAAUCACCAAGCUAUUAUAGUUUUCAUUUGGAAUUAUCUGACAGUGAAGAAUGUGGGAUAAUGAAGAAUAUCUUAUGAAGGAAGUGAAGGAGAGAGAGCAGGAACUGCAGUAACUCUAUGCAGCGUUCCACUGUCUAAAUACUGGAUGAAAUCCCGCCCUCAGCCAUUCUUCUUCACAAUUCAUAUAGAGCUCUUCUUUGCCUUUGUGACAUUUUGAUAGAAGACAAUUAUUUUAUUUAUUUAAUUAACUAUUCUGUGCUGUGUCGAAGACCAAUACUGUUUGUUACAAGGUGAAAAAGCUUCUGAGAUCCCUCUCAGCCCUUUGCCCUCACCUCGGCCUAUAUCUAUCCUGUGCUGCUGUUUUUUUUGCAGCAGCAGCAGCAGACUAUAAAGCAGUGUCUUAAGAUAAACAGAUCUUGGAAGUGAGAAAUACUUGGAGACAGCAGUUAAGAGCUUUAAUGGACACAUUUGCCUUCUGGGGCAUUUUCCUUAUUUUAAUCCCUAUAUUUAUAAAGACUUGUUUUGUGUUUUUUUUUUUUGAUGUUUUUAAUGAGUAUCUAGGUCAUUAAAAAUUGCUUAGUAUGUUUGUUUCCAACACUAGGAGCAUCAUCCUUUGGAAGAAGUACAUUAAACUGAAUAGUACAAUAUGCUGUUUUGUGGCAGACUUUACAACAGAUACUGGCCAUUUUCCCUCCCAAUACCAAAGCUAGCAUAGAAUUUAUUCUGCCAUUGGGAGAGGUGAGUGUCAUAUUUUUUUGGAGGGAGGUGGGGUUGAGGCAGGGUGUUUCGCCUUUAUUAAUAGCACUGAUUAAUAAUAGGUUUUAAAGAAGCUGUGAUAAGCAAUUCAUUAUGAAGGUCGUCAUAAUUAAUUUCACGACUCUCUUAAGAUUACGCUAUAACCAAGAUAAAACUGUACAUUUAGUUUUACAGAUGAUUGUUGUGGCAUCUUCAUAUCGUUUUAAGGAAAAAAAUAACAGACUGUUGCCAGGCUUCCACAGUAAGUAAUAAUCUGUUGUGAUAUUGUAGCCUGCUCAGUUUUAAUGGCAUUAAUACAUUUUAAGGAUGACUUUCUCAGUGGUGUGGGACAUUCUGAUAUAUCCUAGUAAGCCCUUAUUUUCCAAGAAUCACCUCUGUUUCUCCAGGGGGCAUAAGGAGAAUUUUCACAGCUUUGAUGGGACCAGACAGGUCAUAUUUUGUGAUCCAACCCUUUCAUCAGGAGCUGUACAAUGCAAAAGCAAUAUGCAUCUUAAAAAACAGUCAUAAGUGGUAUUGGACAGAUUUCCAGGUGAGUAUUGUUUUCAUUGUUCUGAAUGUCCUCAGGUAACAAAAUUCUACAUUAAGUUUGGGGCCAUAUACACAUAGCUGAACAAUGUAGGAUGGCAGCUGAUAAGGUUUCUAGGUAAGUAGUAGGCUAGCUGCAGUUGCGGAUCAUUUUACACCUAGCCAAUAUCCCUUUUUGUCUUGAAAUAACAUAUCCCAUUUGGCUAUAGAUUGACCUUACCCAUCCAGUAGUCAAUAAUUAUAUAUUACCUUUGAAGGGGACCCAUGCAUGGGACAAAGCAUUUAGUCCUAUGUCUUAUCUCCUUCAAUGAAGGCUCUGUAUCUGCAGCAUAAAGCCUUGUUUUCAGGAAUGCAUACAAAAUUGAAUGAAUAAUGUAAGAAGAGGUUGGAACUAUAAUCUGUCGCUGAAACUGGAACUGCUGUUCAUCAAACAUUGGUGGGAACUUCUUGUCUUUAGACUUGCCUUUGCUGUCUGUUUUGUUUUAAGAAGUUGCCACCAAGGUAGCAUUACCUCACCAUCAUUGUCUUUUACUCAUCUGUGUGCAGUAAUAGAACUAGUUGUAUACGGUUCUGAUCCAAGACAUUUGAGUCAAAAAUCACUAAACACACCAUCCUUUUCCACAGCAGGAUCUGGAAAGAAAGCUUGAAUAGCCACUUAGGCUGUAAUUUGCUUUGGAUGGUUUAUGAUUUCUUGAUGUCCCUCUGGCUAUGGUUCAGGUUCACAUUUCUGUAAUGUCAUUUUUAGCCUAGGACAAAUGAUGUAUGAUAAUUUACUUUGCUCUAUGCAUCCAUGUCUGUAUGCAUACAUGUCUGUCAGUCUUUAGUUCACUUAAACAUGGUGUUUUUUUAAAUCAUGUAAAUAAAUCUUUCAAAAUGAA